AUACAGAUAAUCGAGAAGUGGAUAGAAGCAGAGAGUUGUCAACUCAGUUUUUCAAAGCAAAAAUAGAAAGCUGAAAGAUGAGUAGCUCCUUGAAGCCUCGUUACUACACACCCAAAGCGGAAGAAGACAAAAUAUCAGAAAGACCCAUAGAUUUGAUUAGAGAGAAUAAGAGACCUAAUUCAGUAGUACUGAAGAGGCCGUCGGAACCCAGCUCUAUGGGUAUGAGGAAACCGCCGGCGUCGGAGAAUAAGGCGGCGCCACUACCAAAGAAGCUGGAAAGCAAGCCAUCAGAAGAUAUAAAUGAUAGCGCAGAGGCUUUCAUAAGGAAGUUUAAGAACCAGCUGCUUCUCCAGAGGCUCGAGUCUAUUGAGAACUAUGAGCAGAUGCUUAAGAGGGGAACGUAGCUCUGUUUCUUCCUUUUUCUUUUUUCAAUUUUUCGCGUGUAUGAAUUGUUUCAUUGUAUUAUUAUGUGUCCAUGUGGUCAUCUAUGUCAUGCAUAAGUCAUAAUUAUAAAUAACUUGUAAUAUAUGCUAAUUAAUUUUUUAUUGGGUCCAUUGAAAUUUGCCUUC